CGUGUGGGUCUGCCCUAGAAUUUGAUUGGACACACAACAAUUCGUUGCUCGAUACAUAGCUUCGUUCGUUGAUCGAUUGACGUUAAAGUGGGAUAAAACGCACCAUUUUUUUUUGUUUUUCUGAUCGUGGAGAGGAAGGUCGAUCUCUUGGAUACAUGAAACUAGGUGCUAAUGAACUGUUUCUAGCAUGAUGAGGGUACACGAUAAUUCAAUCAACCUGAUGAGAUGAGAGCAUUAGGGACUGAACAGUGCCGGAUACCUUUAUUGCAACCAAACUUUCAUCACUAGGGGAAGUCGUGUAUCGCAUUCUUCCAUGGAUGUAUCCCAAAGCAAGCGAGGACCAGAUCAUCUGCUAAUUCUUGUCCAUGGCAUCAUUGCAAGCCCCAGUGACUGGACCUAUGGAGAAGCAGUGCUAAAGAGGCGUUUAGGUGACAAUUUUUUCAUCUAUGAAUCGAGCUUAGAAGCAGGAUGCACAAACUACAGAGUACCACUGCAUUACUGUGCUAGUUCAUCAAACAUCUACACCAAAACUUUUGAAGGGAUUGAUGUCGCUGGAAGAAGAUUAGCAAAUGAACAGGUAUUUGAUGUGGUUCAGAAGAUUGCUGGAUUGAGAAAGAUUUCAUUCGUAGCACAUUCUUUGGGUGGUUUGUUUGCUAGAUAUGCCAUUUCUAUCCUUUAUUCAACUGAAAUGAAGGAUACAAGUCAAGGUGCUGCUGGUAUGGCUCCUAGAACUGGAGGGUCUGAAAAGCUGGAAUGCACUUCAAGAUUUGGUGCAAUUGCUGGGCUCGAACCAAUUAAUUUUGUUACCUUAGCAACCCCACACCUUGGUGUUAGAGGGAAAAAUCAGCUUCCUUUUCUUCAAGGGCUACCUAUUCUAGAAAAGCUUGCUGCACCUUUGGCUCCCUUUGUUGUCGGGCGCACUGGUGCUCAACUCUUUCUCACUGAUGGUGAACCUAGCAAGCCACCUCUUCUACUUCAGAUGGCAUCUGAUCAUGAGGACAAAAAAUUUAUAUCUGCACUAACAGCUUUCAAGAACCGCAUUUUGUAUGCUAAUGUUUCAUAUGACCAUAUGGUCGGCUGGCGAACAUCUUCAAUAAGAAGAGAAAAAGAUCUUACAAAGCCCUCGCAUCGUUCACUGGAUGGCUAUAGGCAUAUUGUGAACAUGGAAUAUUGUUCACCUGUAUCAUCUGAUUAUCCACAUUUCCCUUGGCAAGCUGCCAGAGCUAAAGAAGCUGCACAGAGUAGACCAAACAAAGAAAACACUGAAGAAUACCACCAAAUGAUCGAAGAGGAGAUGGUUCAUGGCUUGCAGAGAGUCGGUUGGAAGAAAGUAGAUGUCAACUUCCAUAGAGCACUAUGGCCUUACUCUGCUCACAACAACAUACAUGUUAAGAAUGAGUGGCUUCACAAUGCCGGUGCCGGAGUCAUCGCCCAUGUGGCGGACAGCAUAAAACAGCAAGAGUCACGGAAACAUUUUCCUGCCAACCUAUAAGAUUUGCACUCCCUGUGCUGACAGUAGCCAUGGUCGGAAAUAUGUAAAAAAAAAAAAAUCAGUAACUCGUGAUCAAAGUUCCUAACCAACCUAAACAAGGAUUUUGCCUCUACACAGACAUAAAUAUG